AUGCCUUUGAAAGCCUCGCCUUCUCGCAAGGCUUCUGAAGGCCUCAGAAGACUUCUGAAGCCUUGCAAGAAGGCCUCAUGCAGCCUCAGGAAGAAAGCCUCGCAUGGCCAGCAGCUGCCUCAUAAAGGGCCAGGCCAGGCACCUCAGCAGUUGGAGGAAGUAGAUGGCAAAGUAAGAUUUAGAAACUGUGAAGCAAGCAGAAAAAUCCAUUUUGAAAGCAGCGCGCCAACAGAUUUCAGAGUUGGUGAUGAUGGUGUGGUAUAUGCAGCUAGAAGCUUUCAGCUCUCUCCGGAACCCACUGAAUUUCUCCUGUAUGCCAGUGACAAAGAAACAAAAGAACAGUGGCAAGUGAUCAUAAAAUUAGGUCUUGACUCAAAGGAUUCAGUAAAGGAGCAAAAGAAAAUGGAAGACAUUGUAUUUCCUAGACAACAAAGUAAGCACAGUGGCCAUCUGCAAAGACAGAAGAGAGAUUGGGUCAUCCCUCCAAUCAACUUGCCAGAAAACUCCAGAGGGCCAUUUCCACAGGAAUUAGUUAGGAUCAGAUCUGAUCGGGAUAAAAGCCUUUCCUUGCGAUACAGUGUUACUGGUCCAGGAGCUGAUCAGCCUCCAACUGGCAUCUUUAUCAUCAAUCCCAUUUCAGGUCAAUUAUCAGUGACAAAACCAUUAGAUCGGGAGCAAAUAGCUUCUUUUCAUCUAAGGGCACAUGCUGUAGAUGUAAAUGGAAACCAGGUGGAAAAUCCUAUUGAUAUCGUUAUUAAUGUCAUUGAUAUGAAUGACAAUAGACCUGAAUUCCUACAUCAGGUUUGGAAUGGGACAGUCCCAGAAGGAUCAAAGCCAGGGACCUAUGUGAUGACUGUCACUGCUAUUGAUGCUGACGACCCCAACGUUUUGAAUGGAAUGCUGAGAUACAGAAUCUUGUCACAAGCCCCAAGCACGCCUUCUCCAAAUAUGUUUACAAUCAACAACGAAACAGGUGACAUUAUCACAGUUGCUGCUGGACUUGACAGAGAGAAAGUACAACAAUAUACAUUAAUAAUUCAAGCUACAGAUAUGGAAGGAAAUCCAACAUACGGUCUUUCAAACACGGCAACUGCUGUCAUCACAGUGACAGAUGUCAAUGACAAUCCCCCCGAGUUCACCGCCAUGAUUUUCUAUGGUGAAGUUCCUGAAAACAGAGUGGAUGUUAUAGUAGCUAAUUUAACUGUGACAGAUAAAGAUCAACCACAUACACCUGCUUGGAAUGCAAUAUACAGAAUGACAAGUGGUGAUCCCACAGGCCGGUUUACCAUUUUUACUGAUCCAAAUAGCAAUGACGGGUUGGUAACUGUUGUGAAGCCUAUUGAUUUUGAGAGCAAUAGGAAGUUUGUACUGACAGUUGCUGCAGAAAACCAAGUGCCUUUGGCAAAAGGAAUUCAGCAUCCUCCUCAGUCAACAGCCACUGUAUCCAUUACAGUCAUUGAUGUGAAUGAAAGCCCAACUUUUGUCCCAGUCACAAAGCUUAUACGUCAGGAGGAAGGGAUGCUUCCUGGGGCUGUUUUAACAUCAUUCACAGCUCAGGAUCCAGAUCGUUACAUGCAACAGACCACUCUAAGGUAUUCAAAACUUUCAGAUCCCGCCAAUUGGUUGAAGAUUGAUCCAGUUAAUGGUCAGAUAACAACAACUAGUGUUCUGGACAGAGAAUCACCACAUGUGAAAAAUAAUAUGUAUAAUGCUACUUUCCUUGCCACUGACAGUGGAAUCCCACUAAUGAGUGGGACUGGUACCCUUCAGAUCUAUCUGCUUGACAUCAAUGAUAACGCUCCCCGAGUGGAUCCUCAAGAAGCUACAACAUGUGAAACACUACAGCCCAAUGCAACAAAUAUCACAGCAAUAGAUGAUGAUAUUGAUCCAAAUGCUGGACCAUUUGCAUUUGAGUUGCCAAAUUCUCCUCCCAGUGUUAAGAAAAAUUGGACCAUUAUUCGCAUUAGUGGUGACCGUGCCCAACUGGCUUUAAAGAUCAGGUUCCUUGAGGCUGGAAUCUAUGAUGUUCCAAUAAUAAUAACAGAUUCUGGAAAUCCUCCCAAGUCUAGCACUUCUAUUCUGAAGGUGAAAGUUUGCCAGUGUGAUUUAAAUGGAGACUGUACAGAUGCAGACAGGAUUGUUGGGGCAGGACUAGGCACAGGUGCCAUAAUUGCAAUUCUCCUCUGUAUCAUCAUAUUACUUGUUCUAGUUCUAAUGUUUGUGGUUUGGAUGAAACGCCGUGAUAAAGAACGUCAGGCCAAGCAGUUACUCAUAGAUCCAGAAGAUGAUGUGAGAGACAAUAUUCUGAAAUACGAUGAAGAAGGUGGUGGUGAAGAAGAUCAGGACUAUGAUUUAAGUCAGCUCCAGCAACCUGACACUAUAGAACCAGAUGCCAUCAAACCUGUUGGAAUAAGACGACUUGAUGAAAGACCUAUCCAUGCAGAACCUCAGUAUCCAGUCAGAUCAGCAGCUCCUCAUCCUGGGGACAUUGGGGACUUCAUUAAUGAGGGACUUAAAGCUGCAGAUAACGACCCUACAGCUCCUCCAUAUGACUCUCUUCUAGUCUUUGACUAUGAGGGAAGUGGUUCCACCGCUGGAUCUUUGAGCUCCCUCAACUCUUCAAGUAGUGGUGGCGAGCAAGACUAUGAUUAUCUAAAUGACUGGGGUCCACGUUUCAAGAAACUUGCUGAUAUGUACGGGGGAGGUGAUGACUGAAUGCCGUGGUGGCCAGCGUUGCAUUUGGACAAGUACAAACCUUUUCACUGGUAUUCCCAACAAGCGUACAGAAGCUAGGCUUUAACUUUGUAGUCUACUAGCACAAGUGCUUGCUGAAGGCUUUGGCAUAGGCUGCAAACCUAUUUGGGCUCACUGGGAAUAUCAGUCAUCCAAUGCUGUUUGGAAAAAAAAGGAAAACAAACAAUUGAGCUCAGUUACACUUGAAUUUUACAGUACAGAAGCACUGGGAUUUUAUGUGCCUUUUUGUACCUUUUUCAGAUUGGAAUUAAUUUUAUGUUUAAGGCUUUAAAUGGUACUGAUUUAUGAAAAAAUGAAGAAAAACCACAUUGGGGGUGGGGAGAAAGCGCAGUCACCAAUAUGCUUCAACAUGCUUUUGUUACAUUACAUUGCUUUUAUUAAAAUAACAAAAUUGAAAAAAACCUCAUGGGAAAAUUUUGUUAUUGGGGAGAUGUGGGGGAAGAAGGCCAUAAAAAAUGUACAAUACUUCUAGUUUUAGAUGCUAGGGUUUUUCACUAAAAUUCUAAAUCUUAUGCAGCUGGUUGCAAAUAAAGGGAGUUUUCAUAUCACCAGUUUGUAGCAGAACUGAUUUUCUUUUCUUAUGAUAGAAUGUUACACACAUUUUGGUCUUAAUCCAUAUACACAUUUUUUUAAAAGCAUUUUCCAGUACUUUUUUUCCCACUUCACUGUAAAAAAUGGUAUGUGUACAUAAUGUUUUAUUAGCAUAGUCUUUGGGAAGUGCUGAAACUUCCAAACAUGUGUAUGUAUUAUUUGGACUAUGGAUUCAGGUUUUUGCAUGUUUAUAUCUUUUGUUAUGGGUAAAGUAUUUACAAACAGGUUGCAAACAAGUGACAUUGAUUCAAUUGUUGAGCUGUAGUUAGAGUACUCAAGGUUUGAGUUUUUUAAAUUAAUUUUUUGUUUGUUUUAUUUGUUUGGGGUGGGCAAAAAGUUCUUAGCACAAAUGUUUUACAUAAUUUGUACCAAAAACAAAUAAAACUGUGUGAGAGAGAGAAA